AAACUUAAAACCGAGAGUGGAUAAAAAAAACCAACAAAUUUGACAAGUUAAGGAUCUGGAUCCAUUCCAUGUUGUGAGACUUUCCCACUUUAGGAAAAGAAUCGCCCAGUGUUAGGUUCUUACCAAAUCCCAACACCAACCAACUAAUAUCCAGCAACAAUUCACAAAAUUAAUAAAUAUAAAAGAAAAGAAAAUCUCUUGCAAGUCCCAAACUCCCAUGGGUUGUUGAAAACUUGAAGUCUUGAACCCUUCGUCCGCGUUCACAAGCCUCCAUCCCCGGCGCCAUUCCUUCCAUCCUUUGCCUACGUAUUUACUCUCCUCGCACAUCUCCACAUACAUACACAGAUGGGAGUGGAGAAGACAACCACAUUGCUGGAGGAUCUUGUAGAAAAGGCAGGAGGCUGUGCAGUCAUUGACGGUGGAUUCGCCACCCAGCUCGAGACACACGGCGCCGCCAUCAACGACCCUCUUUGGAGCGCUCUUUGUUUGAUCAAAGAUCCCCACCUUAUCAAAAGGGUUCACUUGGAAUAUUUGGAGGCUGGUGCGGAUAUUUUGGUCACUUCCUCUUACCAGGCCACUCUUCCUGGAUUUGUGUCCAAGGGACUGUCCAUAGAAGAAGGAGAGUUAUUAUUAAAGAAAAGCGUUAAAUUGGCUGCUGAAGCCCGUGAUAAGUUCUGGGAUGCUGUGAAAAGUAAUCCUCUACGUGGAUAUAACCGAGCUUUGGUUGCAGCCUCCAUUGGAAGCUAUGGAGCGUAUCUUGCUGAUGGGUCAGAGUACAGUGGAUAUUAUGAGCCAGAUGUGAAUCUGGAAAAGCUCAAGGAUUUUCAUCGACGCCGAUUGCAAGUUCUUGUGGAAGCAGGUCCAGAUUUAUUGGCUUUUGAGACAAUUCCAAAUAAACUAGAAGCACAGGCCUGUAUCGAGUUGCUUGAAGAAGAAAACAUCAAAAUUCCAUCCUGGAUUUGCUUCAGCUCUGUGGAUGGUGAGAAUGCCCCAUCUGGGGAGAGUUUUCAAGAAUGCCUUGAAAUAAUUAAUAAGAGCAACAAAGUAAAUGCAGUUGGAAUUAAUUGUGCACCUCCCCAUUUUAUUGAAAGUCUCAUAUGCAAAUUUAAGGAGUUGACUGAGAAGUUCGUAAUAGUAUAUCCCAACAGUGGCGAGGUAUGGGAUGGCAGAGCUAAAAGAUGGCUGCCAUCAACUUGUUUUGAUGAUGACAAAUUUGAGUUGUUUGCGACACGAUGGCACGACUUAGGAGCUAGCCUUAUUGGAGGCUGCUGUCGAACCACACCUUCUACCAUUCGAGCCAUUUCAAAGGUUUUAAAAGAGAGAGAGUAAGAGGUUGGAGAGGCUAUGAAUUCAAUCACUUCAGGAAUAGCUUUUUAUACUACCAUUUACUUCUUGUAGUUCUUAUUUGUUAGCUGUUAGGUGAUUGGAUUUGGUAUUUUAAAUUUUGCAAAGUGAGUUGCAUAUCCAACCUUCAUCUCGCCAUUUGGCAGAAAACAAUUUUACAUUUUUCUGUUUUACCUUAUAAAAGAAAUUCAUCACA